AUGGCUGAAUCCUUCACGGUCGGCCCUGAGGUCUUGGAACACUUUGCCACCAUCUCGCGCAUCUCCUCAGUCGUUUCUCUGGUAGCAAUUCUCUUCAUCCUUUUCAGCUAUGCCGCUUCCUCUUCCUUUCAUAAGCCCAUCAACAGAUUGGUCGUCUACGCUUCGAUUGGAAAUAUCUUCACCAUUGCCGCAACCCUCAUGUCAAGAAGCCAUAUCAAAAACAUUGAUGACCCCAUGUGUCAGCUUCAAGCUUUUCUAAUUCAGAUGUAAGUCUUCCAUACCUAUCUAACAACAGCGCACUCACGUUUUCCUUAGGUUCAUGCCGGCGGAUGCUUAUUGGACUUUGGCAAUGGCGUUGAAUGUUUAUCUUACAUUUUACUAUAAGUACGAUAAACACCAACUCAAACGACUUGAAUACGUGUACUUAGUUGCAUGUUACGGUCUCCCAAUAGCUCCUGCAAUCGUCUUUCUAUGCAUCAAGUCGGCUGACAAAGGUCGAAUGUAUGGCGAUGCUACUCUGUGGUGCUGGAUUUCUAACUCCUGGGAUGUCUUCCGAAUUGCACUGUUCUACGGCCCAGUUUGGUAUGUAUCAAGAGUUCAAUCUAUGGUCUAAUUACUGAUUCUUGCCAGGUUGAUUAUUUUUAUAACAUUGAUAAUCUAUGCUCGAGCUGGCAAGGACAUUUGGGCCAAGCGACAACAGCUCAAAAAGAUGCUUACUCCACCUUCACAGCCAACACUCGUAGAAGACCCAUUUACUUCAGAGUCAGAAAAGAUGGGAAUCGCACGCACAGUCGACGUUUUUAUAGACCACGAGGAUCUAGCCCGUUCUCCCAGAUACAGUCCUGCAGGAUCGACUUAUUCUAAAGAGCCUCGCGCAAUCGAGUACCCACUCUCCCCAGAAUCACAGGCGGAACAAAAAGCCAUCAAACCGGUUUUUACUACCAGAAUCACAAGUGGUGUCACCUCUCCAGAAAAUCACGAAGCCACAAACCCCACCGCCAAGGGCGAACGUAAGAGUUUCAUCACCACAGUCACGUGUCAUCCUAAACCAAGUUUCGUGCAUCGAGUUCAUGGCAUAUCACCACCCGCACGACAAAGUACUCCGCAACCAGCAAAUAACGCAAGCCCACAAUUUCGAAUCAAUACACCGGGAAGAAAGCAUCAAGUUGACCAUAACUUUGCUAUCUGGCACUAUACCAAAGUUUCUCUACUAUUCUUCUGCGCCAUGAUGGUCACCUGGAUCCCAUCUUCGGCAAACAGAGUCUACUCGGUUAUCCACGGUCCAAAUCACAUUUCCGUUGGUCUCUCUUCCGCUUCCGCUCUUGUCCUUCCGCUUCAGGGUCUAUGGAACGCAGUCAUCUAUAUCAAGACUAGUUUUCCAGCAUGUCGCGAACUUUGGGAGAAUACCAAGGCUGGACGACCAUUUGCCAAGAGUACUUUGCGAUGGCGAUUCUGGACCAAGAAGAGAAGUGUAUAUGUAAUGGAAGAUGAUCGCGAAAAUCAUGGCAGUAUGAUGAUGCGUACUCCGAGAACUCCACCACCCAAGGAUUACUUUGCUGAUGGUGAUGGUGAUGCAGAGAGUACAAAGGAGUUACAGACACCUAGUCGACCGGGUACUGGUAAAGCAUCUGGUGGUUCGAGUUUGCAUUCUUCUUGA